UCCACCACGAGUCUGACUAUGGCCUUGGGCACAGGGGCAUCUCCACAGCAGACAUGGCCAGCAAGAAAGCAAAAGGCAAAGCUGCUGCCAAACGCACCCAGAGGGGCUCCUCCAACGUCUUCUCCAUGUUUGAACAGUCACAGAUCCAGGAGUUUAAGGAGGCUUUCAGCUGCAUCGACCAGGAUAGAGACGGCAUCAUUAAAAAGCAGGACCUUAAAGAAACCUACGCACAGCUAGGGAAGCUGAACGUGAAGGAUGAGGAGCUGGAGGAGAUGCUAGCUGAAGGAAAAGGCCCCAUCAACUUCACUGUCUUUCUUACACUCUUUGGAGAGAAACUCAAUGGUACUGAUCCGGAAGACACCAUUCUGAAUGCAUUCAAGCUCUUUGACCCAGAUGGCACGGGUUUUGUUAACAAGGACGAACUAUACUGGUCAUUCAAGAAGUGGUUCGUGUUCCUUUGCCUGAAAGGUUUCGGCGGCUGCUGAUGAACCAGGCUGACAAAUUUUCACCUGACGAGGUGGACCAGGCUUUCUCUGUGGCACCGAUUGACGCAACUGGAAAUAUCGACUACAAAUCUUUGUGCUACAUCAUCACACACGGAGAUGAAAAAGAGGAAUCAUGAGGAGAGACAAAGCAAUCAGUCCUUCAGACUACAAAGUGCUAAGAUGCUAAUGCGGACUGUAAUCUACAAACUGAAUGCAAUAAAUGUUAUGGCUACAAUAAACUCAGGUGUCACAUUGUUUUGCCACUAGUGACAAAAUACAUACCCACUAUAUCUCAGCUGCUUGCUUCAGAACAUUCAAGGGCAUUGUUUGUUCUUCAUUAAUAGCCCGGUGUUUGCUAGGUGAGAAUGUACCAGGUCGAGUAGGGCCGGGCAACUGGAAUAUUUUUCUGGUGUUGGGUCUGCGUCACAGACACAACACAAGUCAGACACAAGGAGAUGUCGCUUAACUCUUGUGUUAGAAAAACUGACAUAUAUAAUAAGAGGGAAAACCAAAGACUUCUUUGACUUAUGGGGAAGAUUUUUACAAUUUGUAUCUAUGUGAGGUAGGAUAUGAAUACAGAGGAGAAGACUGUGUUUCUAGAGACGGACUAUUGUGUUUUUGAUGCUCUUGUGCUCCACCAGCUUGAUUGAUGUUAAUGUUAAUGAAUCUCUAGAUGUCUAGUGA